GGGACGGCUUUUCAGUUACUAACGGGGAAAAUUGCUACAACUAUCUAACCUCUGCUCUGUCGAACUUGAACUUACUUAAGACUGUGAAAAAAGAGCGUCUCAGACGUUAAGCAGACCGCCGAUGUGGCCCGGCAUCGAAGCCAACCCUGGCCGCAAAAUUCCCCGCAGCCAGCAAUGGCGGCGCCCCCUCCAGCCGCAUCGUCACUCUUUUUAAGACUCACGAAUUCGUGGAAGCUUUUAUCACUUCGGAGCGAUAUCGACAGCAUCAUUCUAGAGCUUCUGGGCCAAUUUUCUCUUGAGAAAAUUUAUUCAGAGGGCGACAAGGAAACUUAUCAACACUUGGUGAUUACAUUGAUUGCCCAACUCAACGCGAUAUUUCACAUACAACGCCUUUCACUGCCCUCCGAGAACUUGCAGGUCGGGUGGUAUCUAGGAUUCCUAGUUUCUUGGGAAGUUUCUCUGCGAACUAUAGAAUUUGUUCUUCAGACGGUGGUAGAAGGGCGAGAAAGCUUAUGGGAGGUGGAGGUUUUGAGAAAUAAAUACCUGGCCGAAUUUCUGCUCUCUGCCCUCCGAGUUCUUACACUACACCCGAAAGCACCAGCAAACCAACGAGCCAAGGAUCGACGAGAUCGCUUCAGCCGUAUCCAUCGGUCUCUGGAACGUGUGUUUGACAGUUAUGGAGGGGAUAAAUCAUUUCUUCUGUUGGUGUGUAAGGAGUGCACCGAUUCUUUGCGAACCGACCCAGAAUCACUUGGACUCCCUUCAGGCUUGAAAUAUGAGAUGCCUAAUUUGGCUUCGGAGUUGGUAUGUUUAAAAUCUACUUUUUUUCGGUCGUCCUCUUUGUGCUAAACUAACUAACUUUCCAAAACCAAGUAUCCUCUUCCUGAUUGCCUUUCAUCACACUUCAUUUCAUCUUUAGUGACACCGAACGGGUUUCAAGGCGACUGGCUAGUACAGUUUCUGGCUCUUCGAGAUAUAUCCCACUUCGUGGUUGCAGCUUCUGUUCAAUAUAAAGUCAAUAGGGAGACUCGAGAUGUUCGCCUGCAGGCCUCCUCGGCGAGGUCGCGCAAUGCGAUUUUGCUUGCUCUCGAUAACAUGCGGAUACCCGGGCAAUUAUCAAAAUCAGAUUUGAUAUCCACUUUUAGCGAGAUAUUCAGGGUCAUUCUACCUGAGACUCCGAGUCUCAUAAGACGAAUUUCGACAAACCCCCAUCCAGAUGAGACUGAAAUCGACGCUAUAGAUACUCUGUGUACCAAGCUUGGGGAUAGACAAGUGAUAGCUCGAGUUAGUGAUCGGGAGAUGAUGCAUGCAAUGUCAGAAAUCAGUCGGAAUAUUGCCCUUCUUGAUGAUCCCAGUGGCCUAUUUAGAGCCGCACGUCCAAGGUUAUAUGCUGUAAACUGUGGGAGCUGUCAUAUGUUUGGAGAUACACAUCUUCAGAACUUGGGGUAUACAAGAUUUCCAGUACGUCACAUAAUCCGCUUCUUCUUUCCAAUGUUCCUUGCAAAUAGCCUUGCGCCUGUGGCAAGCGCCCAAGAAAAUGGCGGUCUUAAGACAACAUCUUUACCAGAUAUCAAGUGAAAAGGUUAGGGAAAGCAAUAGAAAAAGUCUGGAAAGGAUUGGAAAAAUGCAAAUCCCAUUUUUUUUAUUCUUUCAACUCUCUCCGCGCCAAACUUAACACACUCUCGACGUUACAGCGGUACGCAAAUCGACAACCGUAACUCAAGCGCAGACAGAGUUUGCUAAUACAUAUUCUUGAUAGUCUGAUUUGGAAGAAAAUUCGGAAAUAAAAUUACCUGCCGAAUCAACUUGCGCUGCUUGUGGAGAGCCAAUAACUAUAAUGAGAGAAAUCUCAACAAUAAGACAAACAUGGGAAACUUUGAAGCCACUUGAGCCGAACGCCGAUACGAUCAACGUGGAAAGACAUUUGCCCACGCAAUUCCAACUCUCCCCACCAAAAUUGGAGACAGGGAUGCUCUUCAAUGCAUCUUACAGCAGCAUUCUUGCCAGUGGUCACGCUACCUCUCCACGCCACCCCUCUCCUGAACGUUUCCGCAUCAUACCACCCACAUUAUUGUCAACACCCGUAUCCCCUGGGUUCCGAUUGCCCUCAGAUACAUCUCGAUAUGACUUGUCUGACUCUGGUUAUGGCAAGGAAACCCUACAAACCAACCCACAACGAUCGGACUCAGUGGUAUCGCCAGGUCCGCUCUCCCCUGGUCCGCUUUCCCCUGGUAUAAUGUCGAGUUCUGGACCUAGUCAGAGUCGGGUCGAUCAGUCAGGCUCAUCAGUUUCUUUUGAACCGGUUCUCCCUUCGCGGAGCCGAACAAUUCCAUUGGUUGCACCGCCUGAUAAAGGCAAGUCCAAAUGGAGACCGAAAUUCGGUUCUCGGAGAGAAUCGACUGUGGGCUCCGUAGAUACAAGCUCUCUUUCUUCGUCGACCCUCGAAGGCCAGAAACUUGAGGAAAUCUCGCUCAAAGAGCUGAUAAACCCACCCAAAAUUAGGGCAAGAGGUAAAGGUGGCAAAAUUCAUAUCAACGUGUCGCUAUCUCAAAACUCGACGUACGCGCUUUUUUGGAAUCACUCCUCAGUCUAUGUAUGGGAUAUUGGCUUGUCCCCGCCCGUACUGGGAAGAGCCAUCGCAACUGAGAGCACCUGUGUCUUAGCAGCGGUCACCAAAAUGCAUUUAGCUUACAUAAUGGGUACUCGGGGUCAGAAGCUCACGGUAGGUGAUACAUUUGGAUGUAGCUGUCUGCCACUGGUGCUAAUUCUCUUUCCAGCUACGAAUUGUGAAUCUUCUUCAGCCUAAUGUUUCAGCGGUAGAUUAUAGAAUGCCUUCUGCACUCUGGUGUCGAAGUAUAGUCAUUUGUCCCAAAGAAAACUAUGUCGUCGUUGGAUUUGAUAACUCAACUGUUCGACUAUUCUCGACCAACAACUCUCAGGAACCCAGAGAAGAUCACUUACACAUUCGCUAUCAUACCGAAUGUAAAGAGUGUCAGCCAGUCGAGACUGUGGCAUUUUCAAAUGAUGGCCUUGUCCUUCUUGCGAGUACCAGGAGCCCUAAAAGUGGAAUGAUUCAGGUUUACCUUUGGCGAUUCCCCUUCUUGACUUUCGAAGAGGUCUCUACAUGCCGAUAUCAGGUACCAUUACAUGAGUCUGAAGAUGGUGGGAUAUCAUCAGCAAUUUAUCGAUCUGGAUCGGGAGGUGAAGAUAAUUUGAUUUGUCUUACCAGUUGGACCCAAUCAGGAACACCGAUACUUGUGCAACCUCAAGAUGGCAAUCGAACGGAUAUAAGGACGGAAAUCUCAAAUCGCCAAACUCGCCUGGGAAACCGCAUACAGACAGCUGCGUUUUCUCAAAGCGGAAGGGAGCUGGGUUUGGUCAAUAACAAGGGGGAUUUAUACAAGAUAUCUAACCUCAAUUCUGCCCCGAUGGAUAUCAAAAAGAUUGCGACUUCAAGAGAGUUGACGGCAAAGUCGGAAUCUUUCGCAAUGUCAUUCAUGACUCUAUCCGACGAGGAAAAUAUUAUUUUGGCCUGGGCUGAUGCGUCGAAGGGCGUUGGAUAUGUCAAAAAGAUACCAACGGCUUCAGGUGUGAGUACAUCCUCUUGUCAUCCUAGAAAAAAUGUUUCUGACUAUUUUCAUUAGACCGGAUCUUUCACGCCAGCAACCCCGAACGUUGCUCAAGUGUUUAAUCAGCUUCCCCGAGCGAUUCCCGAAUCUCCAAAAUAUGAAUUGGAGGCGGAUAGCAGCCAUCCCAAAAAGGAGCCUGCAGAAUUGGUAUCACCCGAUACACCUUCGACCUUCAAAGCGAUGAGAAACACCUUUUUCUCUGGUGGCUGAUGAUGCGCCAUUUUGUUUUCUGCAGGAAGUCGAACCAAGAGGCUACUGUUGUAGUGAUAAGGCGGCAUGAUGAUCGAAACUGCAUUACGAAAUGGGUGAAGGAGGGUUCCAUGGUAAACUCGUUGCAUUUCUUGUCACAUUUUUGAGGUAGAAGUUCACGAUAUCGCAAGGUUUAUAUUGUGAAAAUAGAUAAAAGGUUCCAAGGCGGGCAUUUUGUAAGGCGGAAUAUAUCCAAAUAUUGUAUAAAGGGCAUUGAAUGGCAGCUGGAGGGGGCUUCCACGAGACUGGUACUAAGUACCACUUCUUCUUUCCUUCUUCUUAACUUAUAUAAUCUUUAACUAACAUCUUAAUACAAAAAUCACUACAUCAUAAUUCCUAUGCAGUUCUAAAAUCCCGUCUUGUUGUGUUAUAGUCUCUUACAGUGGUAUAUUAUUCUUAGAGAUUCUGUUCUGCAUUUUUUAGGAUAUACGAAAUGUGGUGGUUAUCAUGGCUUGCCAUUUAGUACUAUGAUACAGGUACAGGAGCAGUAUUCUGGCAUGAGAUUUUGGCGGAAAUCCUCUGCUAUUCUAGUAUGAGUUAAAUGUGUCGGCUACAUAAAUAUUAUGACUACUAUGUUAUAGUAAACCAAGGUCGUAUUUGAUGUCUCAAAUAAAGCAUUAACCUUUGCUUAUUAUUCAAGAAAGAAAUAUACAAGGCUCAAGCACCUAUCGAGCGCUCGCCACAUAAAGUCUUCACAGAGUACUGGAGUUGAGGUCGAAAAACGGUCCAGACACAAGAACUUUGUAUUCUAACCUCUUGGUUGAUCAUUCUACAAGACGUUAAUACUUUGAGGACUUAGAACCUUGUUUUGUGACAGCAUUAUAUACUCUAAUUGAUACAUAGUAUUUUAUAUUCUAAUUCAUUCUAUAUUUAUGUGCUCAAACUCUCAUGACGAGCUAUUGCCUACUCUGACAUAGCAAACGAGCCCCAUAACAAACAAAGCUCCAUAAUUUCUUGGCAAGCUCAUCUUGUCGGAUCUGGGGUUUUAGAUUAGAUCUACACCCGGGGGGGUUUCUGAGCGGUUCGAUUCGUGGGAUCGUAAAUCUUACAUAUGACUCAGCACACAACACGGCAUUGACAUUUGAGAAAGGUCAAGCCAGGAGUCGAAGUGAAAGAUCAUUCAGAGAAAAUAUACACCAAGUUAGCGAAGACUGCCCGAUACAUUUUGCUUAGUGGCAGCGGCUUAUAAGAAUACCUCCGAUACAGCUCCCUAGGUCAAACUCACCAAGAAAUGGCCUCGGAAAUUCCCUCAAUAUACACCCCUCUCCCAACAAAAACCUCAAUCCGUGUUCUUCUUCUCGCUCCAGGACCCCAGAAGAUGAAAUCCACGCCUGGCUUCUCCCUAUAAACCUUGAUGCAGACCAUAAAUUAUCUCCAUCUACAACGCCACGACCAACAGAUUCCAUCUCCGUCGCCCGUGGAAAAACAACUUUUGACACCGAGCGCGAGUUCAUCCUUCCUAUUGGUAUCUACUUUGAUGAUGACAAUGAUUCGACACCUAUGCAUCCCUUUCAACGCUACACAGCACUUUCCUACGUUUGGGGAAGUACUGACAACCCGGAGUAUAUCAAUCUCGAUGGUGACAGAUUUGCUGUGACCCGGAACUUGUACGGGGCAUUGAAGUCGUUGAGGAACAGGAUCAAGGGAAAGUGUUUGUGGAUUGAUGCAAUUUGUAUCAACCAACAAGAUUUUGAGGAAAAGAUAUCGCAAAUUGGACUCAUGAAACGAGUUUAUAGACAAGCUGAGAAGGUUGUUGCGUAUGUACCGUUGAAUGAGGUGGACCAGGAGAAUAUUCCGGAGCUGGUUUCGCAGAUCUGGGGUUCGAAAAGGAAACUCGAAGAGGCCAGUAAAAGAAAAGAGAGCGUGAAAGCGAAAUUGGAAGUUGAGGGAGAAGAGAAACUCCACAGUCAAACCGGAGGUAGGAAUGAAGAAAUAAGUUUGAUACCAAUACCUGAUCUUAAACCGACCAUGGUCGAUAUAGAAACUAAGGGGAACCUUGACUCUGUUCACAGUAUCAGAGAAGAAGCUCAUAUCCAACAAAAACUCAGAACAUUACCAGAAAACGCCCAAUUCCUCGAGGAUUUCGGUCUCCCUCCAGUCGACAGUCCACUCUGGGCUUCCUGGCGUCGAUUUUUCGCAUCCCCAUAUUUUCGACGGGUUUGGAUCUUGCAAGAAUUUGCACUGGCGAGUAAGCUAGGGUUCUGUAUAGGUAGCAAAAUUCUUGAUAUGGAGCCCGUUAUUGUAGCUUAUCAUUUUGUCAAAGAGCACAGUGGCGCUUUCAACGCGCAUUACCUAGGGCACUCGCAUGAAGAUGAUCCAGAAGAUUUGUCACGCUUGGCUACAACUGGUGGUUUAGGGCUUGGGAUGAUGUUUAUGGAGAGAGUUCUAGCCAGGGAAGAGGAUUUGGCACAAGGGUCGAUCGAGAAGCUGAGACGUAUACGGAGCUUUGAUGCGACAGAUCCCAGAGAUAAGAUAUAUGCUCUAUUGGGAGUAGCGAAGGAUGGAGACGAAUUCGCGGAGCAUAUUAGCUAUGCUCAUGAUGAAACGCCAGCGAAGGUAUUCACGCGAUUUGCGAAGGGUUUUAUUGAGAGAGGUCAUGUGUUUGAAGUCCUACUCCAAGCCGGUUUGGGUUCUUGCGAGAUGAGUUUACCUUCAUGGGUUCCGGUAGUUCAAAUGGCCAUUCCAUUAAAGGAAGCUCAAUUCAAAUACUAACGAGACGAACACACAGAACUGGGCCACUUCUUCCCAAACAACAGGGACCCUUCCAUCACUUGAGAACAAGUCUUCAAAGCGAACCAAAAAUGCACAAAUACUCCCCAACAAUAACCUCCUCAUCCACGGUAUUCUCACCGACUCAAUUAGCCAUAUUAGCCAGCCUUUCAAUCAAAUUCCUACGGAAACUUCAAGCGCAGCUCCCCCCGGGUCAAAACUUAUCGACAUCGUCCGCGGCCUUGUGAAAGCCUUCAUUCUCGUUCUCAGUAACUACCCGAAAGCACAAUCAGUGGAUGGAGUAUUUGAUCUUAUAUUCCGAGUUCUAGUUCAAAAGGAGAUCACUUUUGAAGCCACCGACAGCGCCGAAACGAGAGGUCUCAGAAUUGGCUUCGGUGCCUUUCUUGGCCUAAUGAAAACGUGGGGAAGUAAAAUGGCAGAUCUCGAGAGGGGCAAACUACUGGUGGUAGAUUGCAGUUCGCCUGAGGAAUCGAGAAUGUUUAAUCAGUUUCUUCAAAUGGCAUUCCAAACCACUGCGUAUAAGCGAUUUUGUAUUACGAGGAAUGGACGCGUGGGAUUAGUCCCUUAUAGGAGUGAGGUUGGAGAUUUGGUGGCUAUAUUUGAUGGGUGUGAUUCAGAGUUAUUGGGUUGAAAGGGUAUUGGGUACUGAAGGUCAUGGAGAAUUGAUUGCAUUGUAAAAGGUAGCUAUCUAAGGUGUUUAUAUAAAGAGUGUAAGGUUUAGGCAGACAUGAAGCAUUUAGGCAGCAGAACUAUAAGUGGAUCAAAUAAGGAAGUGGAGCAAAAGAGAAAGUAGACCCAGCACAACAAGAGUUUAUCCUUCGUGAUAUGAGCGACGAU